AUGAAGAUUAUUUGAAAGUUAAAAUUAUUAAUUUUUUAUUGGUUUAAAACGAAUUAUUAAUUUAUUAUAUAAAUAAAAGUCAAAAUUUAUAUUUAUAAAAACAUACAAUGAAAAAAUGGCUGAUAUUUUAACACCAUUUGUAUAUUGGGCUCAAACAGAACAUCAAAUUACAUUAAAGGUAGAAUUGACUGAUACUUGGCGUGUUAAAGUUUCUAUGAAUGAAAACAAAUUAAAGGUUACUGUUUAUGGGCAAGGUGCUAGAGGUCUUAAUAAAUAUGGAUUUAGCUUGGAUUUACAUUCAUCUAUUAAUGUUGAGGAAAGUAAUUAUAAAGUAACAGCUCGUCAAGUUGACUUUAUAUUGGGAAAAAAAUGUCCUGCUUGGUGGCCAAGAUUAACCAGUCAACCACAAAAACCAUCAUGGUUAAAAAUUGAUUUUGAUAAAUGGACAAGCGAAGAUUUAGAUGAUAAUGAAGAAGAAAAGAGAGAUGUAUGUAAUGAUUAUCCUGACAUGUAUGAUAAACUUCAUAAAGAAGAGUUUGGUUAUAGAAAAGAAGAUUUCAAAAAAGUAUAUCUAAUUAUUUAUAAUCUUUGUCAAUUUGUUGGUUUUAUAUAUAUCCUUACUGUAAUAGGAAUUAUGUAUUCACGAGAUGGGCCAGCUUCUAUGAAAGAAACAUAUAUAGCUGUUGGAAAUGCAAUGAAAUUCAUACAACUUAUACAAUUCUUAGAAGUUAUGCAUGCAUUAUUUGAUUAUACUAAAAGUAGUACACUUGUAACAUUUAUACAAGUUGGAGGCAGAGCAUUUAUUUUAUUUACUAUGAUUGAAGCUGAACCACGUAUGCAAACAAAACCAGUUAUUUUUUAUCUUUUUCUUAUUUGGAGUACAGUGGAAAUAGUGAGAUAUCCUUAUUACAUCACACAGUUACUUAAAAUAGAAAUUUCAUUUUUAAAAUGGUUAAGAUAUACAAUAUGGAUGCCUUUAUAUCCAUUAGGUUUUCUUUGUGAAGGAAUUAUAAUAUUAAGAAAUAUUCCCUAUUUUGAAGAGACACAAAAAUUUACUAUCUCUUUACCAAAUUCCUGGAAUUUUGCAUUUCAUUUCCCAUCAUUUUUAAAGAUAUAUUUACUGAUAUUUUGUUUACCUUUUAUGUAUAUGCUAAUGUCUCGUAUGAAUCAAAUACGUUAUAAAAAGCUAGGCAAAUCUAAGUUGAAAAAAAAAUACUUAUGAUGUAAUAAAUAAUAUCAAAACUAAAACUAUUAGGAAAUUCAAUUAAUAAUUUAAUUAUUAAUGAUACAA